AUGGCAGGCUUGCGUGCGGGGAAGCUCCGCGGAUCGGGUCAGACCUGUGUAUCCCCCAAUCGGAUAUAUGUGCAAUCUGGCAUUCACGAUGCUUUUAUCGCAGAGUUCACGAAGCAGGUCAAUGAGCAAAUGAGGACUGGUGCCAUUGGAGAUGAUCGGACAGCGCUCGGCUGCGUUAUCAGUUCGGAAGCUCUUGAUAAGGUUGAGCAACUUGUGGCCGAUGCGAAAUCAAAGGGAGCAAAAGCAGUGAUCGGUGGGGAACGAAGCUUGGAUUCUCCUUCGACUCUUUAUCCAGCCACAAUCUUGACGAACAUGAAUUCGGAAAUGGAAGCCAGCCAGACUGAAAUUUUUGGGCAUGUUGCUACUGUUUAUCGCUUUGACACCGAGGAAGAUGUAAUUGCGCAAGCGAAUCAAUCCGAGGUUGGUCUAGCAGCAUACAUUUUAUACCGAGAAUCUGCCCAUCGCAUGGAGGGUAGCAGAGGCUUUGCAGGUUGGAAUGACCGGCAUCAACACAGAGAAGGAGGAAGUCAUGGUUUGGAGGAAUUCCAGAUAAGCAAGACGAUCACGCUAGGCGGUCUUGACUUGCCUCCUACUCCUCUCUACGCAAUUCUCAGAGGAGACUACGAUGGCAGCGGUGGCGGAUUCGGCCGCCAUCACAAGGGCAACGAUGUUCAGUCGUGA